AUGGCGUCACCUCUGCCCUGGCUGUACAUUAUUUUAUGGGUAGAAAAUGUCCAAGGGGACUUUGAAGAUGAAGGAAAUGCCUACUCAAAGAACAUCAGUCGCAUCCUGGACAACUUGCUUGAAGGCUAUGACAAUCGGCUACGGCCGGGAUUUGGAGGUGCUGUCACUGAAGUCAAAACAGACAUUUACGUGACCAGUUUUGGGCCCGUGUCAGAUGUGGAGAUGGAGUAUACCAUGGAUGUUUUCUUCCGGCAGACUUGGACUGAUGAGAGGUUGAAGUUUAGAGGGCCAACUGAGAUUCUGAGUUUGAAUAACCUGAUGGUCAGUAAAAUCUGGACACCUGACACUUUUUUCAGGAAUGGCAAAAAAUCAAUUGCUCACAAUAUGACAACUCCUAAUAAACUCUUCAGAAUAAUGCAGAACGGAACCAUUCUCUACACCAUGAGGCUUACCAUCAAUGCCGACUGUCCUAUGAGGCUGGUUAACUUUCCAAUGGAUGGGCAUGCUUGCCCACUCAAGUUUGGGAGUUAUGCCUACCCCAAAAGUGAAAUCAUAUACACAUGGAAAAAAGGACCACUUUACUCAGUCGAAGUCCCAGAGGAAUCUUCGAGCCUCCUCCAGUAUGAUCUGAUUGGACAAACAGCAUCGAGUGAGACGAUUAAAUCUAACACAGGUGAAUACGUAAUAAUGACAGUUAAUUUCCAUUUGCAAAGGAAGAUGGGCUACUUCAUGAUUCAGAUAUAUACACCUUGCAUUAUGACCGUCAUUCUUUCCCAGGUGUCUUUCUGGAUUAAUAAGGAGUCUGUUCCCGCCAGAACUGUCUUUGGGAUCACCACUGUUUUGACCAUGACCACUUUAAGCAUCAGUGCCCGGCACUCCUUGCCCAAAGUGUCCUAUGCGACCGCCAUGGACUGGUUCAUAGCUGUGUGCUUCGCUUUUGUCUUCUCUGCUCUUAUUGAGUUUGCAGCUGUCAACUACUUCACCAAUCUUCAGACACAAAAGGCCAAAAGAAAGACACAGACUGCAGCCUCACCCCCAGCGACAAUAUCAAAAGCAGUGGAACCCUUGGAAACUGAAAUUGUCUUGCAUCCUGACUCCAAGUACUACCUGAAGAAAAGAAUCAGCUCCCUGACCUUGCCAAUAGUCCCAUCCCCUGAAGCCAGCAAAGUCCUCACUAGAGCUCCCAUCUUACCUUCAACACCUGUCACACCCCCACCACUCUCUCCAGCCGAUGGAGGCACCAGUAAAAUAGACCAGUAUUCUCGGAUUCUCUUCCCAGUCGCCUUUGCAGGAUUCAACCUUGUAUACUGGAUAGUUUAUCUUUCAAAAGAUACAAUGGAAGUGAGUAGCAGUGUUGAAUAG